UGAAAUAGAAUGAAUAUUCAACACGAAAUGGAAGCCUGAUGAUAUGACGAAACAAUUUAAUCAGGUCUUACGAGCCAACUCGUACUUCAAUAGAUGCCUAUUUAACCAUACCCCGCACUAGAAACUUCAUCCAUUAAAGGUACAUAUAGCCGUAGCCAUCGCGAUAUCGACGGGUCUCCUCCAACGUAGAACAAGUAUCAAAAGAAUAAAAUGGCUUCAUCAGAAUCCUCAAAGUUCUUCACAGAAGACUGGACAAUAACCAUACCCACCCAUCCCAAGCUACGCUUCAUCCGUCUAAUCCCUACUCGCUACAACCAUCUAGUCCGCAUCUUCAGCAACCCCCUAAACGAUCCACAUAACCCCGCUUCCAUCGCCGCCAACUGGAAAGAAUCCGACACCCACGAUCUAAUAAAAACAUACACGCGACGAUACACGUCAGCCAAAACCGCACAUAAUGCCCUUGCACUCUUAGUGGAAGAAAAAGGCACAAUCGUAGGUAUAGGUCUGAUGCAUGAAUUGAAGUACGAACCCGGCGUAGCGAAUAUUGGUACAAUACUAGAGGAGGAGGCGAGGGGUCAUGGUGUUGGGAAGGUUUUGAUGGAGUUGUUGCUGAGGUUGAGUAAUGAUUUGGAUGUGGAUGCUGUGGAGGUGGCUACGAUGAAGGGGAAUAGUGCGAUGAGGGGGUUGAUGAGGAGUUUGGGAGUUGAAGAGACGGAUAAGGAGAGGAUUGUGCCUGGGGAUAGAAAGGUAGCGGAAGUUAUUUUUAAGGAUGUUGAUAGGAAAAGAUGGAAGGAUUUUGAGUUUGAAGUGGAGUUUUUGGGGAGGGUGGAUGAUUAAGAAAUUGGUUAUUAGGAGGGCAAAUUGUUGAUAUAUCAUAUGUCAUUUUGCAUGUAGGAUCUCGAGGGAGAUAUCGUAUAUAUUACGCAUUGAUCGUACACAUUUCAUCUGUCUAAUCACAACUU